AUGACACAGGCCAAUAAGAGUUUCUGCUCGAUUCUCGAGGUCAUCAAUGACCUGCUCAAUGCACACCAAGCACACCCCCUUUCGAGCCAACACUACGUAGUGUACAGAGUGUCAACCCAACCUAAGGUGCCGAUUCCGCCGAUGCAGCAAGUGAUAAGCCUGCUGGAGGUGGCCUAUUACGGCAUUUACUCGGCGUUGUUGCUGGCAACGAAGAACGGUGAAGUGCAAGGACAAUGGCCUCGUUGGCUGUCCACAGAAUUCACGAGUUUCACAGCCUACAAUCUGAAGCUCUCCUGCUUCGCGCCGUCUUGA